AUGGCGUCUCUACUUGGGAAGAAAGUGUUUGAAAUAAAUGGUCAGGGUCCCCCUCCGACAAAAGAUUUUUUUCAGCUCACUGUCACUAAAACUGAGGUGAUAUGGAGAUCGUGGAAGAUUUCUUUGCGGAUUGAAUUCAAGGGAGCUGCACCUGGAGAAAAUAAGAUGACCCACGAUGACUUUUUGCAAGAUGCCCGCAUGCAGCAACAGGUAGGUGUGGUGUUUGGCCAGCAGAUCCUACAGUACACCCAAGCACUGUGCCAAGGGAACUUUGACUACCUGGAGCGCCUGCCCAAUGACCUACUGCUCCAAAUCCUGGCCUUCCUGGAACUGAAAGACGUAGCACAGCUGGCACAGACCACAAAGAGGUUCCACAAGCUCUGCAACUCGCCAGAGUUCUGGGAACAGACUGUGAGGGGUCGCUGUGAUGAGCUCACACCUGACAUGGAGGCCUUAGCCAACGCCAUGGGCUGGAGGAAGAUAUUCUUUGCCUUCUUCAACACCAAAGAGCACCAGCAGUAUGCACAGGGAGGUAGCUAGACACUUAAGACAGUGUUACUCCUCUCAUAAUAAAGAUUUGAGGAAAU